CGCUCGCUGGCUGCUGCACUCGCGCAGGGCGUGGAGCCGAGUCGGCGGGCGGGGCGCUGCGAGCGCGCGUGGGGGGCGCAGGCUCACCCACGGAGGUGCUGCAAGUUGAGAGAAUCCUGUAGAGAACUGAAAAUAGAAUUUUAUGGUUUCAGAGCUUGAAGCAACACUUACUCAUAAAGAUAAAAUGCAUACUCUCCGAAUGAUAGCUAAGCAACACAUUUGAGAGACUGUCACUAUGAAAAUUGUUUGUGUCCAUUGCUGUUGUAUUUGACUAAACCAGCAAAGAGCCACUUGUUUUGAAAUGCAGCUAAAGAAAAUGAGGGAAAUUUUACCAAAACUGUAUACAAGCCAAGUUAAUGACAUAAAUAAUUCUUUGACUACAUCUCCAAAGCAAGCCAAUGAGGAUGAAGCAAAUCAACCAAAAGGGACUGAAGGCCAGAAUUGUGUCUAUCAAGUGGCUGAAGCUGAGGAUAAGUUGUCAUUGGUCCUUUGUAUAAAGUGCAGAAGUGUGCAAAAACUUCCAGUGCAUGAAUUACAAAAGCAUAACAAACCCAGGCAGACUGAAGACAAAAACUUCAUUUGCAGCAGCUGUAGUCUGAAUACGCCACCAACUUUCCAUUUUGUAGCUGACAGUGCCACUGCCAUAGAUUUAGAAAAUCAAGAAAAACCAUCCCUAAGUAAACCUCAAAAAACAUUUAAAGUAAAAAACUUUCAACCAGACAAAUAUUACUGCGAUAAAUGUCGAUUUUCAACAAAGGAUCCUUUGCAGUAUAAAAAGCAUGUAGUUCAACAUGAGGAGAUUAAGUUUGUUUGCUCCCACUGUAACUAUGUAUCCUACACCAAAGGAGAAUUCCAACGGCAUUUGGUGAAACACACUGGAACUUUUCCAUAUCAGUGUGAAUACUGUGAAUAUGGUGCUGUUAGACAUGAUUAUAUAGUUAAGCAUACCAGAAGAGUACAUGAAACAGUUACUGAGAAGGGGCCAAUGAAUAUGGCUACAAAACAAGAGCAAAAGAGAUCUUGCUUACCAAAGAGAAGCACUUUGUUUUCUGAAAAGCAGAAGUGUGAUCAAAAAGUUCCUCUUCAGAAUGAACCUUCAGAUUUAUCAUCAAGUACAAUUUGCAGCAAAAUCCAAGAUGAAAUGAGCAAAACAGUUUGUUUGUCUGGCGAUAUAGAAUGUAGCCUAGGUACAGCAUCAGUCCGAGAUAAAACUGUAUUGGAAUCAGCUGAAGUAAACAUAUAUGAGAACCAAAAUGUGGAAGUUGAAGUUUAUUCUCCAAAAAAAGAGCCCAUACAGCCUGGAAUGCCAUUAACAGUGAUUGCACCUUCAGAACUUGUAGUUCCUUCUAACUGCUUAGCUCAGUUAUUAGACAUAAAAAUAGUGAAUGGCACACAACAGUUGGUUCUUAAACUUAUUCCUCUGAAAGAAACCAGUAAUAAACCUAUAAACUGCGAAGAAGAAGAAGAACUGAGAAAUCAAGGUGCAGAACAAACAAAGAAAGGAAAAAGAAUAACUUCUGUUGCUCAAAAUGAAUUAACCACCGAAGCAACUGUAAAUGUAUCUAGUAUUAGUAACGUUUUUGCUUCAGAUAAUAAAUACCACAAGAACUCUGAAUGUCUUAAUUCCUCCAAUUCUCAUACUUCAGACUGUAACUCAAAUGUACCUAGGCAGGAUAAAUCAAGAAUAAGUUGCCCUAAAUCCUCAAAUAAGGAAAAAUAUGCAAAAAAUGAUUUAUACUGUUCUAAAGAGACUCUGGACAUGUCCACAUGUGCAUAUGCUGCUUUCUCUGAAGGUGAUAGAUCCCAAACUGUUUUGUUGCAGGCGGCUCAGAAGAGCAACAGUUCCUCUUCAUCUCUUGCCCUUGGAGAAAAGGACAUAUUGCCUUUAAAUGGUGAUGACAAAGAAUGCAGGAGCCACAUCAUUAGCUCUCUGGAAACACAUUUAUUUGAUACCUGUUUGGUUAAAGAAUCUUUGAAAACUUCUCCAGGAGGGGGAGAGUUCUGUUUAAAUAAAAGUGCAUCUUUAGAGGAAUCAAGUGUUGGCUUAAGUAAAUUAAACACAGAGCACUCUGAUUGUCAAAAUAAUCUAUUAGAAGCUUUAGAAUUGCAGAAUGUAGAAAAUAAGGACAGCCCUCCUGAGGGUCCUGUCAUUUCAUCUGUAUUUUCCCUUAGCUCUGGGGCUGAAAACAUCCCAGAGGGAAUCAAGUGGGAUAAUACUGCAUGCAAUAAAAAGUCAACAACAAUGCUGUGUAGAAAGAUUGCUCAGUUGAUGUCUGCUGCUGAGUGUAAUGUGAAAUCUACAUUGGCUGCUUCACCUAUGCCUGUUAGAUGUUGUGCUUCUAAUAAGAAGAUGCCUUUGCCUCAGGAAACUUUAGCAAACUCUGAAAAAAAUGUCCCUGUUACUGAAUUGGAACAAUUUGCAUCUUCUCUUCAAACACCGCAGAAUGGUGGGAUUGGUAAUGAACUGUGUAAUAAACAACAACCACAAUCGCGGUCAGCUACAACAAAAACUAAAAGUAGAAUGACUAAAAACACUCACAUUGCUACUCCAGUGUUCAUUCCAAAAGGGACAGUGCUGAGGGUCCUGAAUGUCACUAAGAGUGAGAACACAAAAGAAGCAGGAGAUAACAAAAUGACAUCUGCUACGCUGUGUUGCAAUGAAAUGUUUCUACCACGACCAGUUCCUUUCAGCAUUUCUGAGAAACUAAGCAGUAACUUACCUUUGCCCAAUGAGAUUGAACUUAAUGAGCAGUCCAGAAAUCAAAAUAUGUCACUUAGGCACAGACCAAAAAGAGAGGCUAAUACAAAAAGUAAUAGCAAACAAAAUUGUGUACUACUGCAUCAAAAAAGUGAUGAGCUAAAUAAGCAGAGCAAACUUACUUCAAAGGAUCAACUUGUACCUAAAAAUAAGGUAAAACCAGCAAAUUCCAGGGAUUAUUUGUCUAAGAAGAAAACAAGAAUUCACUCAGAAACCAAUGGCAUUUCUGAGGCGAUGCCUCUUUUGACAGCAAGACGUCUUAGGCUUGUACCUCUUAGAGAACAUCAGUUGAUAAAAUGUCCUCGUCGUAACCAGCCUGUAGUUGUGUUAAAUCAUCCUGAUGUUGAUUCAGCAGAGGUAAUUAAUAUAAUGAAAAUUGUCAACAAGUAUAAAGGCAAUAUUGUGAAAGUCGUUUUAUCAGAAAGAACGAGUAGUUGUCUUGGUGUGAAACAGUAUAAUAAACGGCUUACAUUUCAGAACUUGGAAACAACAAGCCAAAUGAAAAAGCAGAACUUUUUAAAAAUGAAGCUAAAAAAGACCCAUAAAAACAACUACCGGGUUGUGGAAACGUCACCAGCUAAAACACUGCAGUGUAUGUUUAAGUGUUGGUUUUGUGGAAGGAUAUAUGUAGACCAGGAAGAGUGGAUAAGUCAUGGACAGAGACAUUUGAUAGAAGCAACCAAAGGCUGGGAUGUUCUUUCUCUUCCUCUAGAGAGCCACAAGUGAGAAACUGUCAGUUUACUGCACUUAUUUUAACACGAGUGCCAUUAAUUUGUUUGGAAAGGGAGACAGAAGUAAAUAUUUUACUGGAGGAUUUUUAUAUUUAGCAGGUGGGAGAGUGGUAAUAGGGAUUACAAACUGUAUGAGAAGCCAGUCUUGAGCACUAAACACUACAUAGCACUCCGAUGUCUGAAAUAAGUGUUACGGCUAUCCCUUGCUUUUUUGAAGGAGACCUGGAAAUGAUUUGCUCUGAAACAUUCAAGGUGUAAUUCUCUUCAAUAGGACACUAUUUGCAGUAAUGUUAUGUUGCAGGGUCAAUAGGGAUUUAAAAUAUAUCCAGCUAUAUGACCUGUGUGAAAUUAAUUGAAUUCAGUCUGAUUUUACUACUACAGCUUAGUGGUUCAGAGAUCAGGCAUAAGUCUAAUGAAGAGCAUCUUUGACCCCUCUGUGAAUAAAAAAAUGUUCAUCAUAAUUUAGUAGCAAAUUUAAAAAAAAAUGUCAGAGGAAGAAACUGGUGCUGAAUCUGAUCAAACUCCAAUUUUAUGGAACAGAUGUAACUCAACUGACUUUAGUGGAGCUACACCAGUGUAAAUGAGGAAUUGGUGAGAUCAGAAUCAGACCCAUUAUGUGGAAUGGCAAUGAAAGCUUAAUUCUGUGUUGUACAGUCAGGGGCCAAGUUGUGUCUUGUGCCACACAGGUCUGAAGUGGGAAGAGGACACAGGUGGCUACUUACUGUGCAAGCAAGCAGGAGCUCAACUUAGAGUGCUUGAAAUGAGGCCUGGCUUCUUUACUAGCUGGCAUGAUGUGAUUCUGAUGGAUUGUGCUUUAAUGAGUUAGGACCUGACCACACCAGCGCAUGCUGUAGGGCGUAAUGAUCAGUGCUAUGUGUAAUCCCAUUAGAAACGUACACGUUCAAGAUAGAAUCUUUAACUAGGACCCAAGCCAGCCUAGCAGCUAGUGCAUAGAUAAGACGAACUAGCUGGAGAAACAAACUGCUGCUUUGAAAAAAGAGAAAGUAUGAUGCAGAACUCUACAUUGCCAGUACCUAUCCACAUUUUCAGUAGAAUCUUUGUUUAGACAUCCUAAAUUUGAAGAAUUUGCAUGUUAGAAUCUACACAUGUAAGCCUGAAUUCAGCAAGCUACUUACCAAUAAUAAUAAUAAGCACAUGCCUAAUUAGGCAUGUGCAUACUCCCAUUGAUUGUUGUGUGACUACUCAGUUAAGUCAAUAGGAUGAUUCAUGUGCUAAGUGCCUUGCUGAAUGAAGGUGAGUUUUUAGUGGGGAUGGAGGAUGGAUGAUAGUGAAGUUAAGAAUUUUCUUGGUUAUCUUGUCGCAAAUUGUAAACCAUUUUAUUUUUUAAAAUUUCAUGUACAGCAAGUGAUGAAUUGAGCACAUAUUUGCAGUCACAUUUCUACAGGUAAAAAAAUAAUUAAUUUAAUGCUGGAGAUAUAUUAUACAUUUGAACUUUGUAUAAAUGCUUGUAGUUCCUAAUUGUUAACAGUGGAAAAACACAUUUUGUUAAAAAAAAAAAAAUAACA